ACAAAAUGAUGGAGCAAGCUUUUUGUUCCUCUACAGUGACACUUGAAAUUCAUCCAUUCUUGUAGCGAGUUUUAUUUGGUUGAACAGAAGGUUUGAUUUUGCUCUUUAAAUGGCGAUAGACGAUAACGAGAGUUGCGGAAGCCGAGCUGUUGAGCCGUCGUCUCCGAAGCACAGGCGGUUGCAGAGGCAGAAACUUCAAGCUUUUAACCAAGUGUUGAGUCGAUUACAGGAUUUGAAUCUCGAAGAAGUUGACCUCCCUGGCUUUGAAUAUCAGCUUUGGCUUCACUUUAAUCGCCUCCCCGCUCGAUAUGCAUUAGAUGUGAAUGUGGAAAGAGCAGAGGAUGUGCUCAUGCAUAGGAGAUUACUGCAACUAGCGAAGGAUCCUGAGAAUAGACCUGCUUUUGAUGUUCGCCUUGUGCAGGUGCAUCCUACCUACAAUGGAAUCUCAACCAACUCUGAUGAUGUAAAUUCUGCAGUUAAAGAAGAAUACCCAAGCAUCCAUCCUCCUCCAACAUUUGGCUCAUCACCAAAUCUACAGCCCUUUGAAAUUCUUGAUAAUAAUGCUCAUGUACAUGAUGGAGAAAGUGAUGUCAAUUCUACUUCAGGCACAACCAGGACCAUGCACGAGAUUACUUUUUCAACGAUUAACAAGCCAAAGUUGCUGACUCAGUUGACUUCUAUAGUUUCUGAGAUUGGUCUGAACAUUGAGGAAGCUCAUGUUUUUUCGACGGCUGAUGGUUUCUCCUUAGAUGUCUUCGUGGUUGAUGGGUGGCCAUAUGAGGUAAUUGAACACAGACCAUAUGAUCACAAGGCCGAUGUUUUCAGCUUUGGUAUAGUGCUGUGGGAACUUCUGAGUGGAGAAAUACCAUAUGCACACUUAACACCUUUACAAGCAGCAAUAGGCAUUGUGCAACAGGGUCUACGGCCAAGAAUUUCAGAACCUGCUCAUCCAAAGCUUGUGGAACUUCUUGAGAAAUGUUGGCAGCAAGAUCCCACUCAAAGACCUGAUUUUUCAGAGAUUUUGGCUAUCCUCAAGUUUCUAACCAAAGAGUUCAUUGUUUCAGCUUAGUUUUACAUGCUACCAAAAAAGGUUGGGCAUGACAGGGAGGACAAAUCAAUUGGUGGCUUUUUCCCGGCUCGUAAAAAGGGACAUCACUGACAUUUUGGUCAAAGAGAUGCUGGUGCAGGGGCUUCAGGAUCCUUCACAAUGUAUAGAGUUUGAGAUGUCCAAGGUUGAUCUAAAUUAACUUUACUUUUGAAAAUCAGCUCUAUCAAAUUUCAGCUUAGCAUGUUUUCUUUCUUUCCUUCAUAUUUUAGGUGCAAAACGGUGAGGAAAUUUGUAGGAACUUUGUAAGGAUACUUUUGAAUGUGCCGAAGUUCUAAUUGCUAAUCUUUUUCUCUAUUUUGCUUAUUCAGAGUUAGAAAAUGCUCUCAAGCGUGUCGUGGGACUAUUGCCAUGGCCCAUGGGAGUACAAUUUCACUCUUAUAUAGUUAAAUCAACCAAGCUUUUAAAAGAAAUGUUGUUAU